AUGAGCAGUUGCAAGCCAGUGGAGUCACUGAAAAAACAAACAGGGGGAGCCUUCAAGUUCUUGGGCAAUGAGAAAUCUCAGAGAGUUUGCUUAAGCUACUGCCUUAAUAUCCAAGAGCGAGUGCAAUCGCCGAAAGGCACCAUCUACUCCUCCUGGGACAUAAAGGUGUUCGGAUGGUCCUUGGGGUAUUCCCACAAGCAUACGCAGAGCUGCCUGGAGCACCCGAUCCUGCCCAUCUCCCUCCAGCGAUGGCAAUGGCACAGGGGUGCUCUGGGGCUGGCAUUGCUGGACCAGCUCCUCCCAGAGCUCAGUGUGCUGCUCAAGUUGCUGGAUCAUGAGUACCUGAGCACCACCACCCUGGAGAAGAAACUGGCCGUCUCCAGUAUCCUGCAGAAGCUGCAGCCCCCAGCAGGGAAGGAUCUGGACUACAUGUACGUGAACACAGCGGCCCUGCACAAUGGCACCAGCUUCGUGGAAUCCCUCUUUGAAAAGUUUGACUGUGACCUGCGGGGUCUCCAUGACAUGCAGGAGGACAGUGGAGAUGCCAGUGAGGGCAUUGGCCUAGAGCUCGCAAGAAGCCAUCCAUGCAAAAAUGCUCCCAGGGACCCUGCUCCACCACUUCCCACAAUCCCCCCACCUGAAGAUUACUAUGAGGAGGCCCUGCCUCUGGGCCCUGGCAAGGCACCUGAGUACAUCACCUCCCACAAUAGCUCCAGUCCCCCCAACUCAAUCGAGGACGGCUACUAUGAGGAUGCAGACAGCAACUACCCUGUUACCAGGAUGAAUGGAGAGCAGAAAAACUCCUACAAUGACUCUGAUGCGAUGAGCAGCUCCUAUGAGUCAUAUGAUGAGGAGGAGGAGGAUGGGAAGGGCCAGCGGCUGACACACCAAUGGCCAUCAGAGGAAGCUUCUAUGAACCUGGUGAAGGACUGCAGGAUUUGUGCCUUCCUGUUGCGUAAGAAGCGCUUUGGGCAGUGGGCCAAGCAGCUAACGGUCAUCAAGGACAACAAACUCCUGUGCUAUAAAAGCUCCAAGGACCGGCAGCCACACCUGGAGGUGCCCCUGAGCACCUGCAGCGUCAUCUAUGUGCCCAAGGACGGGCGCCGCAAGAAGCAUGAACUGCGCUUCUCUCUGCCGGGGGCUGAGGCUCUAGUGCUGGCAGUGCAGAGCAAAGAGCAGGCUGAGGAGUGGCUGAAGGUGAUGAAGGAAGCCAGCAGUGCCAAUGGAGCAGGAGCAGGUGGGACUGAAGCCCCUACAUCCCCUGUGUUGCAUUGCAAGAUGGACCUUGACAAGAGGUUAUCACAAGACAAACAGACGUCCGACUCGGACAGCGUGGCAGCAGGAGAGAACUGCACCCCAGUGAGCCGGAGGGAGCCCCGAGAGCAUGGGAAAGGAAAGAAGAGCAGCUUGGCUGAACUGAAAGGCUCCAUGAGCCGGGCAGCCGGGAGGAAAAUCACCAGGAUCAUCAGUUUCUCCAAAAAGAAGCCAUCACCUGAGGACACCCAGACGUCCUCCACCGAGGAGGACAUCCCCUGCUGUGGCUACCUGAAUGUCCUGGUUAACCAGUGCUGGAAGGAGCGCUGGUGUCGCUUGAAAGGCAACAUGCUCUAUUUCCACAAGGAUCGCUCCGACUUGCGCACGCAUGUGAAUGCCAUCGUCCUGCGUGGCUGCGAGGUGGUGCCAGGCCUGGGCCCUAAACACCCGCUCGCUUUCCGCAUCCUUCGCAGUGGGCAGGAGGUCGCUGCCUUGGAGGCAAACUGCUCUGAAGAUCUCGGCCGCUGGCUUGGCCUCCUGCUGGUUGAGACUGGCUCCCAGAAAACCCCAGAGGCCUUGCACUACGAUUACGUGGAUGUGGAGACAAUAGCCAACAUAGUCACCGCUGUGAGACACUCCUAUCUGUGGGCCAGCGCCUCCCAUGAGAGCCCGACAGACUCCUCCCGGGUGGUGUAUGAUGAUGUCCCAUACGAGAAGGUGCAGGCAGAGGAGCCGCCGCGGCCGUCGGGGACCCAGGUGAAGCGCCAUGCUUCGUCCUGCAGUGAGUCAUCGCGCCGUGUGGACCCGCAAGUCAAAGUCAAGAGACAUGCAUCAAAUGCCAACCAAUACAGGUAUGGGAAGAACCGGGCUGAGGAGGAUGCCAGGAUGUUCCUAACGGAGAAAGAAAAGCUGGAGAAGGAGAAAGCCUCUAUCCGGAAUGAGCUGAUGACUCUGCGGAAGGAAAAGAGGGAGCUCCGAGAAGCCAUUAAAAGCAGCUCGGGGAGGAAGCUGAAGGAGCUGGAGGAUCGGGUGGCAGCCUUGGAGGAGCAAUGCAAAGGGAAGGAGGAGCAGCGCGUGGACCUGGAGCUCAAGCUGACGGAGGUGAAGGACCAGCUGAAACAGUCGCUAGCAGGAGGGCCAGCUCUGGGGCUCACUGUGCCCAGCAAGGCUGAAAAUGGGGAGACUGGAAAUAAGCCAAAUGGGAGCCCUGUGGAGCACCUGGUCCCUGUGAACUGUGCAGCAGAAAUGAGGAAGAGGAGCCCCUCCAUCAUCCCUGCCAACAAGGGGAACGUGCUGCAGAAGGCCAAGGAAUGGGAGAUGAAGCAAACCUAACUGGGUCAGCCAAGCCUCUCCUGCAGCAAACAGACCUGGGUCCUGGGACACACUGAAGAGCUGCAAGCCUCUUUCCCCAGGGAGAGUAGAAGAUGAUUCUGGGGAGUGUGGGGCUCUAGCAGGAGGAUGGGGGAAUGGAUCAAGCACCCACCUUCUAAUGAUGGGCACGUUUGGCAAGAAGACAAGACUGGGUGUGGGGGAGAGGGGAGGGAUCUUUGGGAUGGGGGGAGGGGGAAUGUUUCAAGGUUCAGGCUCCCAUGCAGCUGGGAAGCCAAGCUCUGAGAAGGAGCACCCUGCUAAGACUGUCGUGUCAGCCAUCCCCUUUGAUGAAUUUUGCUCUUGGUGGAAAAGGGGAGCAUGAGCUAGCAGGACGUGCAGGUAACUCAGAGUCAGAGCGCCUGGGUUCUCAUCUUGAUUGUGCCUCAGGUUGUCUGUGAGUUUCAAUUUUGCAUUACCUCCUAUUACUGUUUCCCUCUCUGUCAAACAUGGGUCAGUAUGCUCUGUCUUUCAGCCAGAGGUGGGUUGGGCUUUCAUUAUAGGCAUUACAUAGAACUGGUGCUAUUCACAGCCUAUUUUACAGGAUCAAGCCAUUGGUAUAAUUGGUCCAUUAACUCAAAUCAGAGCAGAGAUGGGAGAGAGCAGCUCCGUGUCCUUCCUCUGCUGUGGCCAUGCUCAGAGGCCCUGGUGCUUGUACACUGUUAUCUCUAGUACUUUGCCUCUGACUUAGUCUGUGUGUUCUGCCCUGCUGCAGAGUGUCUUCUGUCACACAGCAGUUGUACUCUAAUAAUAUUUUUUAUACAUCAGGUAAAUUCAGCAAAAGGGGGGAAUAGGAAGCUGUGACUCUCCUACAGGGAUGAGGCUAAAACUUGGAAAUAGCCACUGAUUUUGGAUGUUUUAUUGUUGGGGUUCAGGAGUUGCCCAGGACACAACUCUCAGAGCUCCAGAUCACCCACAUUUUCUCCUGACCGCACGUGGAGCUUGGUGUGCUCAGCAGCCUUGAGCAGUGGGGGCCUGGUUGUCUCAACUUUGUUUCUGGCUCAACUAUUUGCUGUAUCCCUAGUCUCCUUCCUGCUGCGCUCCAGAGCAACCCAGCCCAAUGCAUGGUGAGGGCUGGCUGCCAUUGGAGCACAAACACUGGAGAAGCUCUACUGACAAUAUUUGAAAGCAUCCCCAUUGCGCCUUCCUCAGUAUCUGGCAGGGGGUGGCAUAUAGAGCCUCCUCCUCAAAGCACUACCCAAUGGUGAACUGUGUGGGGAAGGGAGGGAAGGGGAAGAAAAGAUGAUGGUAUUGCCUGAACCAGUGGUACAUCCUCAACACUGAAUGUAGGGCAGGACACCUCCUCUUCCAGAGUGUGUUGCUGAAAUGGAGAAGGGCUGGGAAGGGGGCAAGAACAGAGUGAGGGAGCAAUUUCAGCCAAUUUUGUAUGGAGGAGAGAACAGUCA